AUGGGUGAGAUUCGUGGAAUAUCCAUUGCUCGAACUGCUCCGAGGGUGUCUCACUUGUUCUUUGCAGAUGACAGUUUGAUAUUUUUACGGGCUACAGUAGCUGAGUGUGAGGUGUUGAGUAGGGUGCUGAAGAGAUUUGAGUUAGCAUCGGGACAAUUGAUAAAUGUGGAUAAAUCGACAGUUCUGUUUAGUAGUAACACUCCGGACUCUAUUCGUGCUUCGAUUAUGCAGUAUUUGGGAAUUCAUAAAAUCUUAACCCGUGACAAGUAUUUGGGAAUGCCUAUAAUGAUUGGGAAAUCAAAGCGAGCAGAGCUUGAGGCUAAAUAUUUUGCUAGGGGCACAUUUUUAACAGCUCCAUUGGGGAGUAACCCCUCGUUUGUUUGGAGGAGUUUGUUGGCAGGGCAUGAGGUCUUGAAGUUGGGUAGUAGAUGGCGAAUUGGGGAUGGUUUAAAUGUAGAUAUAUGGCGGGACAAGUGGUUGAAAAAACCUCCUGAUUAUAAGCCUAGACCAAAGCCCGAUACAAUUUGUAUUUCGCAUCUAGUAAGUUCACUAAUGACUCCAGAUAGACAGUGGGAUGUGGAUUUGUUGGAUGAGUUUUUUGAGCUUGAUGAUGUUCAUUGUAUUCUCUGCAUUCCAUUAACGAGUUUGAUGGUGAAGGAUGCAUUAAUUUGGAAUCACACAGGUAAUGGUCAUUAUACGGUAAGAAGUGGAUAUUGUGUGGCUCGGAGAUUGCUUGGUAAAGAAUUAAAUCAGGUGGAGGAAAGAAAGGAGAUAUGGCGCAUCAUCUGGAGAGCUUUUCUUCUUCCAAAGGUGAAGUACUUCCUUUGGAGGUUGAUAUAUAAUAUCUUACCAACGAAAAUCAAUUUGCAGAACAGGGGAGUGGGGAUUGAUGGAGGCUGUGCAGUUUGCUCGGAGGCAGAGUCUUCUCUUUUCCAUGUUUUCUUUGGCUGCUAUUUUAGCCGUCGGGUGUGGGACAUGUCUUGUCCAUGGAUACAAGGAUAUUUGGACGAUUGGGCAUCAACAGACAAUUUUUGGGAGUGUUUGUUCAUAAAGGCCAGUCAGCUGGGAUCGAUGGAGUUGGCGUCUUCCUUACUUUGGUUAAUAUGGCAUAAUAGGAAUGUUGCUCUUCAUGAAGGAGUUUGUAAAAUCCCAUCCUCGGUGUGUACAACAGCAGCUCGGAUAGUUACUGAGCAUGAAGCUUCCCACAGGCGUUUAAAUUUGAUUCCACAACCAAGGGGGUACCAGCUUUGGUCUCCACCAUCCAUGGGAGAUUUUAAGCUCAAUACAGACGCUACUUUUAAGAAGGAUUUGAACCAGGCAGGUUUGGGUGCGAUUAUUAGAGAUAAGAAUGUACGAGUGUUGGUCUCUGCAAUUAGUAGAAUUGACAAAGUGCCUGACCCACUAUUUGCCGAAAUUUAUGCUAUACGAUUUGACUUAAUUUUGGCAAUGAAUUGUGGUUUUUUGAAUUGCGAGAUUGAGUGUGAUUCUCUAUUGGCUAUUCAGGAAAUUAAACGUGUAGGGAAAGUCCUUUGGGAAGGAGGAAUCUUGAUAGAACAGAUUAGGAUUUUAGCUGCUCAAUUUAGUUAUGUUUCUUUUAAUCAUGUAGCGGAAAUAUCACAGAUCCGAGCUGCUUUAUGCGUCGAGGAGCGCACAUGUAACAACAGAAGCUUCAAGAGUUUCGAAGAAGUAGCAAUUCACCCCCUUCUGGCACUGUCCUACGAGACCAACAAGUGGUAUCAGAGCCAGCCUCUUGUUGAAUUGGGAUUAACAUCCUCAAGAGUGAUUAAAUGCAACAGAUUGGUAGGAUUAAAGGAUGGAAAACAUCUUAUGGACUCACAUAACAAGCCCAAGUCGUCUCCCAUGAUGAGGAGGGACCGCCCUGCUCUUAGGAAGCUGCCUCUUUAUUCCCUUCAACUAAGGAGUCAGCAAGUCAAUGUUUGUCAGCAAGCAGUUUACCAUGCUUUUACAAGGGAGUUCCAAGUGGCAAACAUGCCGCUAAAAGGUGAUGAUGGGAAGUCAAGUCAUGGCAUGCAAACCAAAAGCAAAGCCAUAGUAGACCCUUCACCACUACCUUUAGACCCUAAUUCGAAGAUCCUGCUGCAAUACCUCACUGACGCCAUGAAUGAAAUGUCUUUGGCGCAUGAGCAGAAAAUGCAUCAACUUAUAGGAUCAAUAGAUCGAAUGAACAAGUCCCAUGACCAACUUAAGGAGCAAACGAUGCAAAAUCGAGAAAACAUUAUGGCUCAGAUUGUUCCUCCACCUGUGGCACCAGCUAACAACAAUGGUGCCAAUCAAGUGAGAGUUGUACCCCAAGUUGAUGCUGCUGGUAAUAAUAAUGUACCACCUCCUAGAGAUGGAGCAGCAAGAGGUGAGAAUGAAGCUGAACUCCUCCCUCGACAGAAGUUGCCGAGGACAUUGUUGACAAUAUUGAGGGAAAGAAAAGUUGGCCGACCAUCUUUCCACAAACCAUAUCCUGAAGAAUAUGAUAGGCUUCAUCCACUUCCAAGAAAGUACAAAGUACCUGACUUCUCAAGUUUCUUUGGAACUUCAAUUGAGAAGACAACUUUGGAACACAUUGCUCGUUUCACACUGCAAUGCGGAGAAGCUAACUUAGGAUAUCACAAACUCCGUUUGUUCCCCAACUCCCUCACUGGUGCAGCCUUCACGUGGUAUAUUAACUUACCACCCAAUUUAGUAAGGACUUGGGAAGAUAUGGAGAGGAUGUUCCCCACACAGUUCUAUCGAACUGAACCAGAAGUUUCCAUGGCUGACCUGUCACGCUUCUAUCAAAAGAAAGGAGAGUUGGAUGAAGACUACUUGGCUCGUUUCAAAAAGCUAAGGAACAGAUGCUGCACCCCACUCCGUGAGGAAGAAUUUCUGCGCCUAGCAAACAAUGGACUUGACAUGGAACUUCGAAAGAAGUUCGAAGGAGUCGACUUCAGAGAUUUUUUCGAGAUGUCAACCAAAGUGGCAAGAUAUGAGACGUUCCCUUGCGAGAGGAAAACGAACGAAGAAGUUCAUCAUAUGGCACUUACUAUCAAGAGCCAAAUUUUGAACUUGGAGUUGCUGAAGUCAAAGUUGAUGGGCCUAUUAAGUGUCCAUGCCUAG